CUCUCAGUGCCAAUGACGUAAUGUUUUGGUCUCUCAGCUGAUACGCUCACACUGCAUAUCUAUAUACGACCGUUUUGUUUGGGACGACGCUUCUUAUCGAAUUUCCGUAGUAUUAUUCGUCUUAUCUCACGUCGAAAUCGAGACUGGCAUUUAAAAAACCUGUUCGCGCAGUGUUUAUUUUUUGAGGAAAGCAUGGGACAAUCCGCUGUCGAGCUCCAACAGAAGCAAGUCCCUUGAGAAAAAGAUCAAGUUCGAUGUGUCUCCCAUGUUGUAUGCACUUAUACCUUCACUUACUACGCACUUGAAGCGUCUUUGUUCUACUGGGAAAAAUGAACAUCCAGUGCGCGAUAUGCCAAGACGUAUUGGAACCAUCCAACGAUAUUUUCAUUACACCUUGUGGCCAUGUCUUUCAUUUUCCAUGUCUCGUUCAGUGGUUGGAAAAGUCUCAGACUUGUCCACAAUGCAGAGCCAAGGUAAAGCGUGACGGUGUCACAAGGAUAUACUUCAAUUUUGCAAAUACUGAAGCUGUGAAAGAAGAUAGUUUUACUCUUCAGCAAAAGUUAGAUAGUUUAUCUUUUCAAGUUAAACUCAAAGAAACUGAAAAUAAAAAUUUCAAGUCAGAGCUUCAUACUUUGAAGAAACAAAAUAGUAGUUUACGCGAAGAGGUGAAGAAAAGAGAAUCUGAAGUGAAAAAACAAAUAUCUGCUAUACACGCUUUAAAAGAUCAAACUGCACAUUUUCGAUCUCAGUGCCAAGAUUAUGAUAGUGUGUGCAGAGAAAAAGAACGUUUACAAAAAAAAAUUGAUACUUAUGAGAAUAUUAAGCAAUUAAUAUGCUCAACAUCUAAUGAAGUGGAGGAAUUACUCCAGCGAAAUGUAGAUCACAGACAAUUGUGUACAUAUAUCGCCAUUCUAAAGGGAGAAAUGACUAUCUGUUUGGCAAAAAGAAAAGAAAUGAGGAAUAAAAUACAUGCGCUGCAACAUGAAUUACAAACUGUAAAAACUGAAAAAAUUUCUUUGGUAGAAGACUUUCAAAAAAAAAUUGAAAGAUUGGAAGAAGAACUUGCUAUAAAUAGAAGUGAAAAUCUUGAAUUAACAAGGAAACUUGAUAGAAAAAACCAAGAAACUAAAGAUAAUGAGCAAGUCAUAUUGCACAAUGUUUCCUUAGAUAGCAUUGAAAGUCCGGACUAUCGUGCUCUGCCAUCUUGUUCGACCAAAAGUUCUUCUAAGCGAGAUAAUUCAUUUUUGGAUGAGUCUCCAACUAGAGCUUCCAAAAAAUUGAAAUUUUUCAAUAAUAAGGAUGACUCAGAUCUCAUUAUAGUAUCUUCAAACCUCAAGGGGAUGAAAGAAAACUCACCAUACCUUCCUACUAAAUCAAAAAGUGUAUUGGGUCUGAAAGAUAGAGAUACUCAAAGAGGAUCGCGCACUAGUGUAUCGAACAGAAUGUUUAUGUCUUCAAAAAAAUUUGAAGCUGCACAAAAAGGUACUCUAUCAAAAGAUUCAACCACUGUGUUCGAUGGUUUUGGAGGGCACUCCAAAACUGAUACUUUUCCAACUGCAAAAACGUUUACUCUUAAACGAUCUGCUUCUUCCGAUCUUUCUAAGACUAAGAAAGUAAAGACGGAUCAAAGCGUGUCCAGUAACAAACAAUUGGACGGUUUUGUAAUCAAAUUGACCUAGGAAUUACUGCAACUCUUCUUGAGUGAUUCAUUCUUUGAAUAAAUGUUUCCAAAUGGUAUCAUUUUACAUUAAAAGAGUGAAUGGUUGCAUGAAUUUUUCUAGUUAAGUGAAAUUUCUUAUUUGAGGACUGCUUGUAAUAAAUGUAAAUGUGAUAUAUAAGUCCAAAUUGUAGUGGAUAUUAAAAAUAUGCUCUCAUGUUUUUUUGUAUAUAAGCUGAAAUUGCAGUGCAUAUUUAAAAAAUAUGUUUCUAUGCUUUGUUGAAUAAAUUAAGAUAUAGUUUGCAUGGAAAUACCUGCUGAAAUCAUCUCAUGUUGAGUUGCAAAAUGAACUUCAAUAAUGUAACAUAAUAGUUAAUUAAAAAGUAUAUUGUCUUAUGUAUUGGUCAUACAAAUAAUACCUAUAUCAAAUAAUAGAAGUUUUGUAUUUAUAUACUUAUGAUUUUAUUUAUCUUCCCCGUGCACGACGAUUGAGUAUUAGAAAAAAUACUGUUAAAAGAUAAAACUUAUUCUCAGUCUAAUAAAUAAAUUAAUAAGCUUUGCAACAUAAACAUUUAUAAUAUAUUUUGUGUAAUGUAAAUGAGAUGAUUUGGCAUUAGUAGAAUUAUAAAACAAAAUUUCAUUAGAGUUUAGAAAAUCUUAGUGAGUUAUUAUUAGUGGUUGUAAAUGUGUAAUUAUAAGUAUACAAGCAAGUAAGAGUGAAAAGUAUUAAUUGGUACAAAGAUUCUAACGUGAAUAUUGAAAAGCGCUUUUAUUACUGUAAAGUUAAAAAAUCGAAUGAUACCAGUGAGAAGACCCAAUGAUGAUAAUAUUAACUAUGGACAAUUUUCAUGUUAUGUCAAAAUCUAAUUACUUAGACUUGUCGAUUGAAUACGAAUUAUAUUUAAUCAUUUCAGAGCCCUGCGAACAAAUAGUAAAUAUAGAAAACUUAUUUAAAGUCUAACUUUAGUUUUUCAAGUAUAUUUUUAUCCCAAUCACGAGAUGUAAAUUUUAUAUAUUUUAUUCUUAUAUACAAUUGUUUAAUGAAAUAUUCAUUUUUACUGUAUAAUUUCUUGUCACUUUAAUCUACAAUAUCAUUUAUACAUAGUAAUUAUUAACUUUUAUGUAAAAACCAAUUUUUAUUCAUGAUACUAUAAAUAUGAAUCUUGUUGAAGCAAUAGCUAAGAGGUAAGGGUAUACAAUAACAGGUAAUAAAUAAUACACUUUUAUUCAAUCCUUCAUUCUUAUACUUACUGUUUGAAAUUUUUUCUGUACAUAUGUAGAUGAAACAAUAAACAAUUCUUGUGAAAUGUA